CAGAUGAGUCCAGAACAUGUCUGAUGGUUCCCCUUCAGCCUAAACCACUGUGAUAAUCUGCACUUUGAUUCAAGCAUGGCUCCUGUUCCUCCAGGCAUCCGCCUGUUUGUGUCGUUCAACAGGGACCAAUGGUACAGAGCUCUGACAUUUGCCAUCACCUUCCUGCUCUACACCAGCUUCCACCUGUCCAGAAAACCCAUCAGCAUCGUCAAGAGCGAGCUUCAUAAGAACUGCUCAUCAGCCGGUGAAGCCUACACUGUUGGAUCAGGCAGCAUGGGGACCCUGGAGCCCCACCAACCAUCACUUCACUCCAACUUGGACUGCAGCUGGAAACCUUUUGAUAAAAACAACUACAAACAGCUGCUGGGAGCCAUGGACUACUCCUUCCUCUGUGCAUACGCUGUUGGGAUGUAUGUCAGCUGGGUGGCCAACGGCUUGGUCCAAACCACUGGCUGGCCCAGUGUGGUGACUUGCAUAGGGAAUUGGUUUGGAAAGGGAAGACGUGGACUCAUCAUGGGCCUGUGGAACUCCCACACCUCAGUAGGAAACAUCUUGGGCUCUCUGAUAGCUGGCUACUGGGUCUCUUCCAACUGGGGCCUUUCCUUCAUUGUUCCAGGCCUUAUCAUUGCAGCUAUGGGUGUGAUCUGCUACCUCUUCCUCAUUGAACAUCCAAAUGACCUGAAAAGUGUGUAUGCUCAGAAUCUUUCUCCAUCCAAGAGUGUUUCAUUUAAGAGAUGGAAUGGAGCAAAUGGACACUCAGAGGUUUAUCUGCAGUACAAGGACAGCACAAAGCAGAGUUCUGACAUGGAGCUGCUGUUGCCUCGGGACUCGGUGUGUGUUCCUGUUCAGCCCGUUGUGGUGGUGAAGAGCGAGUCAGAACCAUCUGCCAUCAGCUUCAUGGGAGCUCUACGAAUCCCUGGAGUCAUUGAGUUCUCUCUCUGUCUGCUGUUUGCCAAGCUGGUCAGUUAUACUUUCCUAUUCUGGCUGCCUCUUUACAUCACCAAAGCAGCUCAUCUGGAUGCAAAGAAAGCUGGAGAUCUCUCCACACUGUUUGAUGUUGGAGGAAUUGUUGGGGGGAUCUUGGCUGGAGUGAUCUCUGAUAAACUGGGAAAGAGAGCCACUACCUGUGCCGUCAUGUUACUGCUGGCAGCUCCUAUGCUCUAUGGUUUCUCUAUGAUCAGCGAGUUCGGACUGGGCCCAACGAUUGUGAUGCUGUUGGUUUGUGGCGGACUGGUAAAUGGACCGUAUGCUCUCAUCACUACUGCAGUGUCUGCUGAUUUGGGGACCCACAAAAGCCUGAAGGGCAAUGCCAGAGCGUUGUCUACUGUCACUGCUAUCAUUGACGGUACCGGGUCUGUCG